UUGCUUGCGACGAAAACACGGAAUGACUACCGCUCAUAACUUGAUCAAACCCGAAAAAGUGUACACUUCUUUCGGAAGCGCUAUUGGUACCGACAGUGCUGAGGAGUAUUUGGCCUCCUCGACCCGGUUCGUGGACACAGUACAACGUCCUAGUACGUAUAACCAGCACUCUAUUGACGAUAUACUUGGAAACAGAAGAGGCGAGGAUUUAGACCGAGAUAUGGACGAUUCCGGAGACUUAACCAAGCUCCAGAACGGGGACGUGUCCAGUGUAAAAAGCGAGGGGUCCCCAGAUUGUUCCAAGGACGAUCUGAGCGACAAUGACAAGAGUUUGGAGGAUAAAGGGGGUCUGUCCAAUUCUGAGGAUAACCAGGACGAUGGUCCGGACUCAAAGCGGAAAAAGCGACGGAACAGGACAACAUUCACCAGUUUCCAGUUGGAAGAGAUGGAACGUGUUUUCCAGAAGACUCAUUAUCCUGAUGUGUACGCCCGGGAACAACUCGCUCUUCGCUGCAGCCUCACCGAGGCCAGAGUACAGGUGUGGUUCCAAAACAGGCGAGCCAAAUGGCGGAAGCGAGAGAGGUUCGGUCAGUUGCAAACUAUGCGGGCGAUGGCGACGGCAGCUACACAUGGUUACGACAUGCCCCUCACACCCAGGCACGACACCUACACUCAGUUCCAACCCAACCCCUGGGCGCCUAAUGGACCUCCCCAGUACCCCAUGACCACCAUGAACCAGAUGGGCGGUAACUCUUGCAUGGCGCCGCAGAGUAAUCUCCCUUCUUUUAUGGGACUGGCUCAUCAGAAUGCAAUGGCGUCCCAGUGUCAAGCACAGCAAGCCCAGAUGCCCUUCAACCCUGCUCAAGCCCCAGUAACCCUAGACCCUACUUUAGACACCGAACGUCGGAGUUCCAGUAUUGCGGCUCUCAGACUUAAAGCGAGGGAACACAGUGUAGCAUUGGGAAUUCUAAGCGCUUAUGGUAAAUAAACCGGAUCUUGGCGCAACCUGGCGCUGAUUUCAUACAAGAAAACUCAUUGACUUUCAUCCGCGGAUACAAGCGGACCGAAACUGGACACCCUGGAAAAUUUGUAAAUAAUAUGUUAAGUUAAUUCAUACCCUCCACGACGAACAUUAAUUCUGUCUGGUCAGUUAGGAGCAGACAAAAUGUCGGCCAAAUCUGGCGCGGGGCGGAUCAGACGUUCACGUGCUGGCAGACGAUAAUCUGAAGGUCAAGGGUGUUACGUCUGCUGCCUUAUGCCCCGUGAACUCCUGAACAAGACGAAGCGGUCAGUUUUAAAAGGGUCAGUUAGUGUCUAAUUAUCUAGACAUGUUAGUCCGGGUCAAGUUUCCGAGGAAGAAAUUGUAUCGUCUGUUCGUGGGGAUAUGAGAGCGAGGCUAAAUUGACUUCCGGUGUUUCUGGAAAAUGAUUGACAUGGAAGAUGGAUCGUGGUCAAUUACUGUUUCACGUGCUAUGACGUCAGAGUGAUAGAUAUGUAAGUAUAUUCCUGCGAGGGGUAUCCAAGACCAAGAACAGGUCUGGCCCAACUCGUGGGAAAUGUCGGUUCUGAUUUGUCGAAAUAAAUGUCAUUUGUUG